CAGCAGUGGGGAGGAGCCUCAGGGCAGUUCAGUUCAGGACAGACUGAAGGACAAACACACUGAAAGGUGGAGAAAGAGAAAGCAACAGGAAGAAAGGCCUAAAAAGUAAUAAUCAACAGAGGUUAUUACUUAUUAAAAACCUGCUUGAAUCUAGGACGAUAAUGGCUCUGUCUCCUACCGCAAUGGUGGCCCGACGGGUGAUUGCAGCCGCAUCAGAGGGAGGUCAUGAGCAAUCAGCAAAGACCUGGAAGAUCCUGAGCUUUGUGUUGGCCUUGCCCGGUGUGGCGGUCUGCAUGGCCAACGUCUAUAUGAAGACACAGGGACACACCCACGAGAAUCCUGAGUUUGUCCCUUACCCACACCUUCGCAUCCGCACCAAGGCAUGGCCUUGGGGUGAUGGAAACCAUUCUCUAUUCCACAACGCUCACACAAAUGCUCUUCCUACUGGUUUUGAGGGCUCCGACCACUGAAAGGACCUAUACAGGACUGUGUUCCCUGUACUGUUUGCAACGUGCCUUGCUUGAUAACACUGAGCCUGGGGCCAAUAAUCGCCUACAGUAUGGUGUUCUCUGUCUGAUGUAAUAAAAUGGAGUUUAUCUUACUUACUA